AUGUUGUUUUUCCUAUUGAUUAUUCCAUCGAUUUUUAUUCUCGUACGAACAGUAUCUAUUGAAGAAUCUAAUUCGACAACAACUUUUAGUACUGAUAAAUUACCAAGGGAUGGUCCUUUCCUUGAUUUUCGACUUUUGCCCUAUAUUGGCAAUGGUCAUUUAGCUACCGUUGUAUAUAGUGAUUUUAUUUACAUGAAUGGGCUUUACAAUGGUGAAAAUGGUACUAGCCAUCGAGCACGCAUUCCAAGUACAUUGAAUUGGAAAUUUAAAAUAAAGUCGAGAUCAUCAUUAUAUACUUUAAAUGUUUCAUCAGGUAUAUUUAUUGAAUCUCUUGAAAAUGAUGAAGUUCGCAUUGAACGACGCUUCUUUGCUUCACAAGAAUAUACUGAAUUGUUAGUUGCUCAUGUACUACUAAUUCGAAAAGCACCAACAGGACGGAAAAUUGUUGUACCUGUUAAAGUACAUGAACAUAUAACAAGUAUUGAUAUUAAUUUAACCGUUGUAACUCGUAAUCCUCAAUAUGUUCUUUUAUCUGGUAAAACACGUGAAAUUGAAAAUCAUCAAUUUCAAGCAGAGACAUUGCCUAUAUUUGUUUAUUAUACACCAUUGCCUAUUAAAGGAUUUGAACUUGAUCAAGAAGAAACAAAUCGAACGUACCUUUUUGUUACUUCAAUUGAUAAUAACCAAUCAAUAGCUAAGCAAAGUUUUGAUUAUGCAACAAUUGAUCAACAACCAGACGAUAUACUGUCAUCGCAUAUAUCUCGAUGGAAUGAUGUAUGGUCUAAUGGACACAUUGAUAUAGAAGGAGAUAAUCAAUUACAAAGACAAAUCAAUUCUGCUUUUUAUUAUAUUUUAAGUUCUCUACCACCUUUAUCGACGAAAAGCGAAUCAAAACAAUUUUAUGGAUUAAGCCCUGGCACUCUUUCACGAGGUGGUCGUUCCGGUGAAGACUAUGGAGGUCAUUCAUUUUGGGAUACAGAAACGUGGAUGUUUCCGCCAGUUCUUCUUUUCUAUCCGACAUUGGCUAAAGAAAUAUUAUCGUAUCGAAUUGCACUAAGCGAUUCUGCAGCCUAUAAUGCUCGUCUAUUUGGCUACGAAGGAUGGAGAUUUCCUUGGGAAAGUGCUCGAACUGGUGUUGAUGUAACACCAGCAUGUUGUCCUGAGGGUCGUCUUUAUGAAAUUCAUAUUACGGGUGAUAUUGCAUUUGCAGCCAGACAAUAUAUUUCAGCUACAAACGAUCAAGAUUGGCUAUUGAAUGAACUUGGCGGAGAAUUAAUCUAUGAAACAGCUCGAUUUUGGGGUUCGCGAGCCAUUUAUAAUAAUGAGAGAAAACAAUAUGAAAUAUUAGCCGUUUUACCACCAGAUGAAGAUGCUCUACCAUUCAAAAAUAAUUCUGUUUAUACAAAUGCAAUUGCUUCACUUUCUAUUCAAUUGGCUAAUUAUGUUAGUUGCAUUACUAAUAGAACGGUACCUCCAAAAUGGUUGGAUAUUACAUCUAAUCUAUAUUUCCCUUUUGAUAAUUCAACUAAAACCUAUCUUGAAUAUGAAGGUUUUAAUUUAAAGCAUACUACUAUUAAACAAGCUGACGUUGUUCUUCUUGGAUUUCCAUUGAUGUGGCCAAUGAGUGAUGAAGCCAGACAAAAUGAUUUAUUAGCUUACGAACCUUUAACGCGUGCUGAUGGACCAGCUAUGACUUGGUCAAUGUAUUCAAUUGGAUUUACUGAAUUAGGUGAUUUCGAUAAAGCUGACCAACUUUUUCGACGUUCGUACGAAAGCUACGUACGAUCUCCAUUUAAUGUAUGGACAGAAACUCAAUCAGGUAUUGGUGCAGUUAAUUUUAUAACCGGUGUUGGAGGCUUUUUACAAGCUAUUCUUUUUGGUUAUGGCGGUAUUCGUCUAAAAUUAGAUCAGCUUGAAUUUAAACCUUAUGGCCAUCUACCAGAUCAAGCGACUAAAUUCAUCUUUCAUGGUAUUAAAUAUCAAGGAUUUGUUCUUGAUUUGACCAUUGAUAAUAAGAUCUAUGAAAUUUUUGUCAGUUCGAAGAACAACAAUAAUUACAUUACUCUUGUAUACGAGUAUGGAGAACAUCGCGGUUUGCUCAAAGUAAAUGACCGUCUCUCAUUUCCCAUUGGCACACAUCUUAUUAUUCGUCGAUCAGUCGCUCUUUGUCCUUGA